AUGUCGGUCGCUCGCUGUGCGUCCGUCCAUUGUCGUUUCUGCGCCGCCACAGCAGCUGCCGGCGCGUGCUGGAUUGCGUCAUUGGUGGUCAAGCACGACCGGUAUCUUCGUCGUGUCCCCCCUCAUUUGCUACCUCGUCACCGGGUCAUGCUGUCGUCGUCCUCAUCGUCGAAACUCGGCACCCACCCAUUUUUCGCCCUCGGUCCUGUGGCCGCCCCAGUGCCUGCCGUCGUCACCAAGCCACCGCCACCACCACCGCAGCCGGACAAGAAGUGUCACAUGUCGCCACCGAUUGACGUCGUCGCUGUUUCAGGUGUCGUGUUCGUCGUCGCUGCCGUCCUGGACUCUGUUCUGCACGGUGGCAGGGUGCGCGUGCAACGAGUUCCUGCCCAAUCACGCCAACAGCCGUAUAUGCGACUUCUGCCACCACGGUUGGGUGCUACACGGUACGUAUGCGGCCUGUUAGAAUUGGUUCUUUUCUCACUAAUCGCUUUGGCCGCGAUCCGCCUAGGAGGUGGCCCAUUGCAGCUCGAGGGCGGUGUCUGUGGCGGUGUGCGUUAUUUUCGAAAGCAGUUGCUGUUACGAUACUUCGUUCAAAACGAUACCUGGCUGCCUAUUGCCCGGUGCCGCGUGCUCUCUUCUCUUGUCACUGCGGUAGGGUCACACUAG